GGAUGACUCCUGACAACAUAGGCUCCAACCAACCCACAGUGACCUCCUUUGGCCACUCCCCUCGGGUGAUGGGUAUGAUCCUCAGCGUCGCCUCUUCCCUCAUCAUCUCCACAAACCUGCUCGUGGCAGCUGCUUUACUUAAGCUACUCCUCAAGAAAUGCAGCCAGAGCUGGUGCUUUGUCCUCAACUUGGCACUCGCCGACAGUCUGGUUGGCGUAGCCAUCACUGGCCUGGCCACAGAAGACCUCAGCAGGAAUGUCAGUCUCGCUGAUCGUCCUUCAAACACUACGCCUUCCACUGCCCAGGACAAGACCCGCUGCCUGCUGCGAAUGGCAUUUGUGAUAUCACCCUGCAUAGCAUCCAUCAUGUCCAUGUUUCUCAUCUCACUGGACCGCUAUGCUGCCAUCAAGAUACCCCUGCGAUACUCGCUGCUGUCUGGGAAGGGGACGGCAGCUGGAGCCUUGCUGGUUCUGUGGAUCAUUUCACUCACCAUGGGAUUUAUGCCAGUUAUGGUGCGGCAGCUGCAGGUGGAGGCAAACUAUGAUGGCUUCUGUGCCUUCUUCUCUGUGAUUCACAAUGUGGCCAUCGUCAUUUUCCUCAGCGUGGUCUUUUUCCCAGUGCUCGCCAUCUUCAUCUACAUCUACCUGGAUAUCCUGAAGAUCGCCAGCAGCCACCAGAAGCAGAUCUGCCGUGUUAGGCAAGCUAGCUCCUGGAACGGUGACCACCACAGUCAGCAUAGCCAUCAUCAGCCUCACCAUUCAUAUCUGAGGAUCAGUUACUGGAGUCACGUCAAGGCCCUGAGGACGGUGGCAGUGCUCGUGGGCUGCUUCUUAGUCCUCUGGUGCCCCUUCUUUGUGGUGUCCAUAGUGCACAUUCUUUGUAAAAGCUGUGAUCUCAAAGCUGUGAUUGAGAAUCAUAUAUGGCUGCUGGGACUCUCCAACUCACUAAUCAACCCUGUAGUGUAUGCCAUUUGGCAAAGGGAGGUGCGGCUGCAGUUGGUAGCCAUGUUUUCCUGCAUUACAGGCAGCUCACUGGCAGCCAGACCACCAGCUGUCACAGAAAGAAGCAACCCACAACCAAAUGUGCAGACUCAAGCCUCUGCUUCUAGAAGAGAUACACUAAACCCUGCACUCUUGCAUCCAAUCACCAAUUAUGAAGCUCAUGCAGGACCACAAACGGCCACAACAAGUCUGUGA